ACAAAGUGUGUCUAAGUGGACUUUCUUGACGUACUUUAGAACCUAAAGCUUUUUUAUAGGAUUUGCCACUAAACUUUCUCUCCCAAGUGACUGAACUUUGUGUCCAUUUGAGACUUCCAUUUCAUUAACUUUGGUGCAAGAAGAUCUAUUUUCGUGAUUUCUUCACGCUACUGUGCUCCUUGGCAGGGUUCUGUUUGCAGUGAAAAUUACCUUGACAGCUUGGUUCCAUGUUGCUGUUAACAAAGGUGGGGGAACCCUUCGGUGUAUGAUGAAUAUGCUGCCACUGGCUACAGUUGUCUGGAAAUUUCUGAGGAAUCUGCUGGUAUUCUUAGAACUGUUUACUGAAGUCAGCACUUUCAAUUCAUCUGCCUUCACGAGCUGCCCUAAGGCUUGUAUUUGUACUGCUGAUCUCUUGAGUUGUGCCAGACAGGAGCUUCACCAGGUCCCUGUCCUACUGCCUCCUACAGCCACCACCUUGGAUCUCAGCCACAAUGCCAUCACUCAUCUUAAUGACCACUGGCUGGCCACCUUACCACGCCUUCACACCCUCAGGAUCAGCCACAAUCGGAUCAAUGACCUCUCGCGGCAGGUGUUCCACAGUGCUGUUUCCCUUGUGCACCUGGACAUGUCCUCCAACCGUCUGCAUGCUGUCAAGAAGCACUACUUUGAAAACCUUGUGAAUUUGGAGGAGCUCUUGCUAUACCAUAACAAAAUUAUAGAAGUGGAUGGGAAUGCUUUUGUCAAGCUCAUCAGUUUGCAAAAGGUCUAUCUAAGUUGGAACUACAUAACUCAGUUCCCAUUCAGAGCCAUUCAGGGAUUCAAACACAGUCAUUUGAGGACCCUUGAUCUUUCUACCAACAAUCUAAGCAGCAUCCCAGUUGAAGAGAUAGCAGCCUUGCCUGUCUACAUAAAAAAUGGUUUAUAUCUUCACAACAAUCCUGUGAAGUGUGAGUGCUCUCUCCAUCAGAUGCUUCAAGAAUGGAAAAAUCGUGGCUUCAGUUCUGCGCAGGAUUUCACAGAACAGCAUACCUGCAAAGCCUAUAGCGAUGUGCCACAAUCUAUUGUCAAUACCUUCAAGUAUAAAUAUUUUGAAAACUGCUCCACGAGUCUAAAAGAACUGAGCAUUCCAAAGAUUCCAUGCAAAGUGGGACAAUCCUUAGUAAUUCAUUGCAACACAAGCUUUCAUGAUGACAACACCACCAUCUACAGGUGGAUCUCUCCCAAGCAUGAAUUAUUCAUGUACCCUGAGCACAGUGAUAAGACACACAAAGUUUUAAAAAAUGGAAGCCUAACGAUUACAAAUGCUGACCGUUUCCAUUCUGGUGUUUAUGUAUGCAUAGCUAUCAGCGAGCGCCAAAAGAUUAAUGCAACUUAUGAAGUCAACAUCACAGUCCAGUAUCCUAAAUUGGUUGACUCUUUCAAUACUGGCAUCACAACCCUCCUAGGGUGUGUUGUCAGUUUGUUACUAGUCCUCGUGUACUUGUAUCUCACACCAUGUCGCUGCUCCAAGUGCUUCAAGAAGCCUGCAGGUCCUCCUCAAGACUGCAGUGCCCAAUCAUCCAUUCUAAGUACAACCCCACCAGCCACAGAUGGGCCGAAUCGCAAGAUGGGCACAAACAAGCAUGUUGUUUUCCUAGAGCCCAUCAAGGAGGCUCAGAAUGGCAAGGUCAGGCUGGCUGUUAGCGAGGACUUUCCUGAUGCUAAAAGCCCCAAGCUGCUGCAGCUUAAGUUGGACUCUCAAUCCAUCAGUUCAGUCUUUUCAGAUCGCCCUAUCAUGUCCUAUGAAGCAGAAGAGCUGUCAAAGGCAGAUGGGUAGCAAGCAUUCCCCAAGAUGGAUGUAACUGGGGAGAGGGGAUGGAGAAGGAACACAUUUGUUUUCCAUCACGGAAGGAAGAUAUAAGAUACAUUUAUGAGGGAGUUUCUCACCAAAGUGUCCGGAGAAUUCCCCCUUGGAUGGUGGAUGAUGGAUCACUCUUAUCAUUUCCCAUGAACUUCCCCCAUCAGAAAGAGUGAGGUAUUUCCUUUUAGCAAUUCCAGUCUGACUGCCUCAGAAUCUAUUUAUUAUACACCACAAAGGCAGCAAUCUUCGACAAAAGAAGAGACUGAAUGCUCUUUAUGCAUAUCCAAUGACUGCGGCUUGCUCUCUGGAAGAGACAGUAUGUUGUAGCAGAGAGAACUCCCGUCACUUUAGAAAACUGCUGUAUAAUUCAAGCUUGCGUUAUAGCAUUGACCUUCAGAGGAUAAACAUUUGCUAUAGAACAAGCCUGUAUUUCCAGACAAGACAGGACUGCCCUCACCACCUGAACCGGGGGGGGGGGACUCUUCCUUGCUUUUUGAACUGCUUUAGUCUGAUAGUGCUUGCAAUAUUAAUUUGAAAAAUGUUCCUGAGCCCGCUCUUUCCAAAUCUGGGCUUCUCUAAGCAAUUCACAGCAUGAUUAAAAAUGGAAGCAAUGCUCCACGCAUGGAGGUCACUAGCCCUGCUCAAGAUGACCACUUCACAUUCUUGGAUAUGUGCAGUCAGCCACGAAGGUCACAGUGACAUCCACAACACUGUAUUUCUGAAACCAUCACCAUAGAUCCUUUUACCAAGGCAGUUCACCUUUAGAGCUUGCUGGCUCUUUUUGACUCCUAACAAAUGCAGCGGAUCAUCAAGCACAAACGUCAGUGCAGGAAAGAUUUGCAGCUGCUGGUUAACAGAUCGCAACAGACAUGCUGAGCUUCAGGAAAGAAAUCUUUGUAAAUGAGAUGCUACCGCCACAGGGAAAGGCAGUGGAAAAUUGGGGCUUGUAUUACUUUCUUGGCUGCUCACGGGGAUAUUCUCAAAUUGCCAAACAACCAAACAAA